AUGACUUCGCCCAAAAGGGGCUGCCGUCGUCUCUCGCACACGAGUUCUGUGGUCCUUGCUGCGCUGCAGCGCAGCAGCGGCAGUGUGGGGCUCCCGAGCAGCAGCAGCAGCAGCAGCAGCAGCAGCAGCAGCAGCAGCAGGAGCAGCAGCACUGCAGCAGGUUACCUGCAAUCCAGAUGGACGCCCCCAAGGCCUGGCUCCCCGUACACUGCAGCAGAAGGCGCGCAGUCGCCGGCGGGCGUGGGCGGCAGCAGCAGCCGGAGCAGCAGCAGCAGCAGCAGCAGAAACAGCAGCAGCAGCAGCAGCAGCAGCAGCAGCAGGGGCCUGCGUUUGCCCGAUGAGUGCAGCAGACAGUGUUCUGUUCAAGAAGGCCCUGAGAGCCUCAGGGGCCCCUGGCUGGCCCCCGCUGGUGGCGAGCCUGCUGCAGCAGCAGCAGCAGCAGCAGCAGCAGCAGCAGCAGCAGCUCCUGCAGAAGCAGCAGCAGGUAGGUACCGCAGCAGCAGCUAUUGCUUCCGAAGCCGAAGCAGCAGCAGCAGCAGCAGCAGCAGAACGCGAGGCGAGGUUGCUGAGACUUCAGUGGAAUAUACUUACAGUUCUUCGGUCUCGGCACUCACGCUGGACAGGUCUGCUGCUGCUGCUGCUGCUGCUGCUGCUGCUGCUGCUCCGGCGCCUCACCGCGGAGUGGAGCCCCUCAAUAGAGUCUACAGCAGCAGCAGCAGCAGCAGCAGCAGCAGCAGCAGCAGUUUGGAGUUGAUGUGCAGCAGUGGCAAGGAGGGGCAGCGGAGCAGCAGCUUGAGGAGCCGCAGCAGCAGGGCGGCGAGCGGGGGCCUCUCGAGCAGCUCGAGCGUGCGCAUCCGAGUGAGCAGCAGCAGCAGCAGCAGCAGCAGCAGCAGCAGCAGCAGCAGCAGCAGCAGCAGGAGCGAGGGUGUGUGUGGGGUUGUUCGCGGCAGCUCUCGGCGGCGGCGGAGCUUGGUUGUGGGCGCUGUGCUGCAGCAGCCCGCAGCAGCGAGCGCGCGCAGCAGCAGCAGCAGCAGCCGCAGCAGCAGCAGCAGCAGCAGCAGCAGCAGCAGGCGGCUGCAGGGGCUGUACCGGGAAGAGGCGCUGCUGCUGAAGCAGCAGUUCAAGGACCCGCAGCUGCUGGAGGCCGCGCUGCUGGACUGCUGCAGCAGGUUCUUCCUGCUGCUGCCGCAGCAGCUGCUGCUGGACGUGCUGCACCUCUACUUCCGGCUGCAGGAGGCCUGGUGGUGGUACGUGGACAUCUGGGUGGGCCGCUUCCAGCAGCAGCUGCUGCUGCUGUCGCUGCGGGAUUUUGGUUUGCUGCUGCUGGCGGACUGCAGUUUGCUGCAGCUCUUUUGUCCUUUGGAGCAGCACGACAGCUUUUUGAAAAGCUGGAGUUCUUAUUGCAAAACUAUUCCCCUCAGAGGAGCUGUGCUGCUCAACCAGUCCCUCUCCAAGUGCCUCCUCAUCACCGGCUGGAACGGCAGCAGGUGGCAGUUUCCCCGCGGCAAAAUCGACGAGGGGGAAAGCGACGAGUGCUGCGCAGCUCGCGAGAUAAGAGAAGAGACGGGGCUGGACAUAUCUGGUUUGCUGCAGCAGCAGCUUUUCGUGGAGGGCACCAUUGCCCCCAGCAGCAGCAGCAGCAGCAGCAGCAGCAGCAGCAGCAGCAGCGGCGGCGGGGGCGGGUGCCAGACGCUCAAGCUCUUCAUCAUUCCGGGCGUCAAAGAAGACACCAAAUUCAAACCUCAAAAAAGAAAAGAAAUCGGCAGGAUACAGUGGUUCCCGCUGCACAAGCUGCCGGGAUACAGCAGCAGCAGCAGCAGCAGCAGCAGCAGCAGCAGCAGCAGCGGCAGCAGCAGUAGUAGCAGUGGCGGUGGGAGUGCGGGCUGCAGCGGGGCGGGGGGCGGCAGGCCCCCCCAGGCGCAGCAGCAGCAGCAGCAGCAGCAGCAGCGGUUUUAUCAGGUGCAGCAAUUUGUGCCGAACAUCCUCAGGUGGGUUGAGCUGCUGAAGGCAUCUGCUGCUGCUGCUCCCUCUGCAGCAGCAGCAGCAGCAGCAGCAACAGAAGCUGCAGCAGAAACUGAAGCGGAGGACAGCGGCAAGCGAAAACAAAAGGCUGAGGCGCUGCUCCGGGCCAUUGGGGCGCAAAUACCGAGCAGCAGCAGCAGCAGCAGCAGCAGCAGUACCAGCAGCAGCAGCAGCAGCAGCAGCAGCAGCAGGCGGCGCGAGAGUAGCGUUGCUGGCUGCUACUACGAGCUGCCCCCUUUAGAUGAAGCGACGCUCCGCUCUCUUCAAUACGUAGACGCAGGUGCUGCUGCUGCUGCUGCUGCUGCUGCUGCUGCUGCUGCUGCUGCUGCUGAGGGCGGAGCGGACAAAGCCUGCACAGAGACGCAGGCACCAGAUGCAGCAGCAGCAGCCAAUGCUGCUGCUGCUGCUGCUGCCACUCCGUCGAACAGCGGCGACGCCGCUGUUGCGUCAGUUCGACGCAGCAGUAACAACUUUCCCA